AUGCAUAUUUGUAUUCAAUGGCAUGAUUGGUUUUACCAAGAGACCGACGCGUCGGUGGACUCCGCCAGCGUCGCAACACGCCGGCGCAGGCCGCGUGAUCGACGGCGCCCCCCGGCCGCGCCGCCGACGCCGUCGACGCCGCAGAGGAUCUCCGCCGAAGAACUAGCAGAGGCGCUACGCCCUCAUCUGCUAUCGCCAAAGCGGAUGUGGGCAAUGGGAUACCCAUUAGAAAUCGAACCAACCUCGUCAAAGGCCGUUGUGUACAUAAAUCCACCGCCUCGACCUAGACCUUUGCAGCUUACAACGUGGGAUGUGAAUGCACCGGAAUUCGUUCCCGGUGGUUCACAAAGUGACAGUGGACGAGGUUCAUUGGGUUCGACUCCACGCUCCGACAGUGAUGAAGAAGCGGAUGCAGUGGAACAUUUGUGUGUGCGUUGUGAUAAAAUGUUUCGAAUGACUCGUGAGGGUGAAUAUUUAGUGGAGGAGACAUGUGCCUAUCACUGGGGUCGCGUGUGUGGUAGUGACUCUCGUUACACAUGCUGCAAUUCAACGUUAGGAUCGAAAGGUUGCAGCACAGCGCGGUUCCACGUGUGGAGCGGCACUCGUCCAGGUAUGAAUGGACCAUUAGAAGGCUACGUACGUGCAAGAUCACCUAGAGGAGGUGUCUACGCACUAGAUGCAGAAAUGUGCUACACCACAGCUGGGCUAGAGUUAGCUAGCAUAGCAGUGAUAGCAGCAGACGGUCGACUUGUGUAUAAAUCGCUUGUGAAGCCUAGUUCACCAGUAGUCGACCAUAACACUCGCUUCUCAGGCAUCAGGCCGCGCGACUUGGCGCGCGCGACUAAGACGCUAAGAGAUGUACAAAACGAUAUCCUCGGAUUUGUAGGCAGUGAUACAAUUCUCAUCGGCCAUGCACUGGACAAUGAUCUUCGAGCCCUUAAAUUAUUACACAGUGCAGUAGUCGACACCUGUGCGCUGUAUCCCCACUCGCGAGGCUUUCCACUACGAAGGUCCUUGCGUGCGCUAUGCGAAGAACUGCUGGGACGCAGCGUUCAGCGAGGAAGUGCCGGACACUCGCCGUUGGAAGAUGCUCGGGCCGCCAUGGAUCUGGUGCUUCUCAAAGUUCACGAGGAGCGUGCAAAUCGUGCCCGCCUGUCAAACCAGCUGCCAAUGUUGCAGCCGUAUGAUCCAUUGAUUAGUUCCGCCUAG